AUGGCGGAUUCCAAGAGGAAGACAUUUAAAACCGCUGUUGCGGCAGAGAGAGUUAGAACACGUGACAUGACGUCACGUCACCCCACCCGCAAGAGGAAAUUCGAUAUAAAUGAGGGGGAACCAGUUAAAUCCCCUCCAGCGGGUGGAAAAUCGACUGCCGGUGGCCCAACAGCCACCGGAACCAAAUUGGCAGGCUCGAAUACCGUUUCUCCAAUACCAGGGCCCAGUAAUACGGUGACCCUGCAGCCUGCCAAUGCAGCACCAUACAGGUGUCAAAUAUGCGAGAGGCCCUAUGAGACAAAAAGUGGCCUCAACAAACAUCUCCUAACAUGUGGCAAGCGCGAUCGAACUAAAUGCCAAUAUUGCAAAGCAGGUUUUACUACAUACACAGGGGUGCGGCUUCACGAGCAGAGGGCACACCCCGAAGCAGAAAACGACAGCAGGAGGAGGGAACUACGAAGGCCUGAUUCCGAAAUCUAUGAUAUACUGGCAAACAUCGAGAUCCAGUCACAUAAAGGCCCCUUUAUGGCGAAAAUGGUUGCCGAAUCAGGUCUGACGAAGGACCAAAUACGGCAUCGAAGAGAUAAACCCAUCUAUAAGCAAUACCUCGAUGCCGCUAGGAAGAAACAGCAACCAAUCCCUUCUCCCAGUGUGCCCUGUGAGCCGCCCACCUGCCCAACGAACGAGAAGAUCGACCAUCAGGCAGCGACAUCGACGCCACCAACAGCUCGCGACGAUGUAAAAGAGGGUGAGUGCUCCUCCGCGGUUGCGUCCGCACUAUCGCCAAUCACUCCAGAUCCGAUGACAAGCAGGAAGAGGAUUCGGAAUGAAUCGAUGUCGCCUCUGUCGCAGCCUACAGUAAGGAGACCCCGCACCGAUGCAGUCAACCUCACCGCCAACUCCCCCGCACAGGUCGAACAAACCCAGGUGGUCAUUGAACCAGCGCUGCGCGAAUACCUCGCGUCUGAACGCGAAGCAGCGCUGGCCAAUGGGAACGGCCAUCUGGCGGACCUGUGCCAGGCAGGAUCAUCGCUUGCGGUUAAUGAUCUUGCCUCCUAUCUAGACAAUUGGAUAAUAGAACAUUUCCAAAAAGGGGGAAGGAAAUACAACCCAAAUGGUCACAGAGGUGGACCAAAAUCAAAUUACGGAGGUACUAGACCAGGAAGAGGUCCACGGGUAGAAUCAUACAAAAAGGCCCAGGAUCUCUACCUCCGUAACAGAUCAGCUCUAGUGGAUAAAAUCAUUUCAGGAACUCCACUAGACUCUACUGAAGAGUCUGAUAAGAAAAAGAAACGCAGGAGGAAGGAAAGCUACGCAAUUUACAUCUACAAAGUGCUGAAGCAGGUACAUCCAGAUACCGGUAUUUCCAGCAAAGCGAUGAGCAUCAUGAACAGCUUCGUCAACGAUAUUUUCGAACGUAUCGCAGCGGAAGCAUCCCGAUUGGCACAUUACAACAAACGUGCCACGAUAACUAGCAGAGAAAUUCAAACAGCCGUUCGACUAUUGCUACCAGGAGAAUUGGCCAAGCACGCCGUCAGCGAAGGUACCAAAGCCGUAACCAAGUACACCAGUUCGAAGAGGAAGGAAAGUUACGCAAUUUACAUCUACAAAGUACUGAAGCAGGUACAUCCCGAUACGGGUAUAUCCAGCAAAGCGAUGAGCAUCAUGAACAGCUUCGUCAACGAUAUUUUCGAACGUAUCGCUGCGGAAGCUUCCAGAUUGGCACAUUACAACAAACGUGCCACGAUAACUAGCAGAGAAAUUCAGACAGCCGUACGACUAUUGCUACCGGGAGAAUUGGCCAAGCACGCAGUCAGCGAAGGUACCAAAGCCGUCACCAAGUACACCAGUUCAAAAUAA